UCAUAGAAGUAGCAGAAGAACAAAAGUGACUACACUGCCCAUGCUCUCAGACGCCAUAGUAAGACAGAUACAAUGUUGCGUCCUCUAACUAUCUCUAUGCUAUGCAGGCCUACACACACAGCAUAGCACGUUGGUGGGUGUGAUAACUGCGGGCUGAAGUCUACAGCGGCGCUUGCCUGUCAGUGCCAGUGACGUGGAGAGGCAGAAGUCAAGCAACUCUUCGGAUUUCUCAAGACAAUAGAAGAUUCGCAAUAGGUUUUUAUUGUCGAUUUGGCUUCGCGGGCAACCUUUAAAAGUGGACCUUGUUGCGCCAGCGAACGAAGGACGUGGCUUCACAGGGAGAGGGGAAAAUGCAAAAAAGCUUGUCAGUUUAUGACAGUGAUGGCUCAAAAUUUGCCCCUCUGGUGGUCAUCGAGUUGGUUUCGGAAACCAAAGAGGAAGCCAUCGCAUGGUUACUAAACAGGGUCAGAGACAAGCAGCAAGAUGGAGGGGCUGAGCUGCUGGUGGAGCAGCUGACUCCAGGGGCCCAGGGCACGGAGAAGGACAACCCCAAUGUGUAUGUGGUGGGGGCCUCCUGGCAAAGGCUCCUGUGCGGAGCUGAGGACGUGGGCCUCUUCAAGGAGUUCAAUGACGGCUCCAUGAGAGGCUUCACGUAUGCCAACAAGCACAACUUCAAAGAGUUCCAAGGUGAUGGGGACGGUUUUCUGAGCAUGGCAGAGUGUCAAUACAUCAUAAAACAUGAACUGGACAACCUGAGGGCCAAGGAUGAGGCCCACGUGCCUGGAUAUCCUAAAAUGAAACUGUAUCCAGGGAAGUCAGUCAGUAAGUACAGCACUGACCCGAUGACCGCCAAUGGGGCGGCAGGGUAGCCUAGUGGUUAGAGU